CACACACUCCAUAAUGUAGUCUCCUGAGGCCUCUGUUUGUUGACGUGUCUGCACAUUUUGCCAUGUUGUUAAGGACCAUCAACAAGUUUCUAUAUUCUAUUCCUUUUUUAACCACUUUUUACACACCAUCACACCCAAACCAUCUAAAUAUACAGCCUAUAAACCUCUAGUUACGGUAUACGCCACUGUAAAAACAAAUGUUUUGGUCUAAAGCCAUGGAAACCGGUGGCUAUUCACUGUCUUUUCCAACCUAUAUGGCUAGACAGUCGUUUUUUUACGAUCUUCAAUCAUUAACAUUGAAUGACAUUCUGUAUGUUACAAUUAAAUGCUGUUGAUUGAAAAUCUCAGCCUGUUGGAACUGUUGGAACUUGUCUAUCUAUUCUCAUUAAAAAACGCUAGUUAGCCAGUUACCUAAUUCCUAGCAGGCUGUUAGCUAACCACCGAAUAGGACAAUACCUCAAAUUUACCUUCGGUUUUCUGGUAAAGCCAUAUCUACAUACACUACCACAAACUGCUAUUUGAUUAACUGACUAAAUAGUUAGUUAUCAAACGCUAGCAUUCGGUACAUCCUGGAGUAAUGAAUCAGCUAGAACUGAUUAGCUGGCUAGCAUUAUCUAUAGAUCAUAACCUGGUGGGGUUUUUUUUUAAGAAUUUUUUUUUACUAAACUUGCAGUAGUGUGAAAUUGUCCGUCCGUCAGAACUUAAUUUUCCCAAAUAAAUUCUAGUCGACUGGGAUUACCCUGGACUACAGCUAGCAUCGACCACAAACCUUGCUUUUGUGAACUUUGCUAGUGAAAUAAUACAACAUGCUAGCUAAAGAUCAUGUUUGGUUUUAGUUUCUUCAUCUAGUGCUAUCUUAUAUGUAAGCAGGCUAUUAGCUAACAACCGAAAAGACGUAAAGUUAUGACUUAAUUUUUUUGUACUUAUUAUAGUCUCGAAUGAUGUGGCAGAACUUGCUAUGUGGCUAGCUGACCACAGCCUUCUUAAAGAAAUCGUUGUUUUUUUAACACAACACACUCUGUUUUCUCUUGUACGAGCCCCAGACGGCUGUGGUCUUCCUGUGUUUGACUAUGUCCAGACGUCCAGACCGUGAUGCCGAGUGUGUGCGCCCACUCUGAGUUGACUUAGCGGGGCAGUGGAGGGACUGGAGCAGUGGGCUUAUGACUACACCAAGUACCACACCAUGGAUGAGAUCUCGGAGUGGAUGAAGACGAUGGAGAGGGAUUAUCCUGACGUUGUUAGCAGCAUCAUCUAUGGAAACACGUAUGAAAAGAGGAACAUCACACUGCUGAAGAUCGGACUGAGCAGCACCGACCCGAAGAAGAUGAUCUGGAUGGACUGCGGGAUUCACGCUCGAGAAUGGAUCGCUCCAGCUUUCUGCCAGCACUUUGUGAAGGAGAUCCUGGGCUCCUACAAAACAGACCCAAAGAUCGACGAGAUGUUGAGACAUUUGGACUUCUACAUCACCCCAGUGCUGAACAUGGACGGAUAUGUGUACUCAUGGAAAGACAACACGACACGGUUAUGGAGGAAGACAAGGUCACCUGGAACUGAUACGUGCACGUGUUUUGGCACGGAUCUCAACCGCAACUUCUACGCUAACUGGGGAAUGGUGGGCAUUUCCAGAAACUGCUGCUCGGAGAUCUAUAACGGACUGUCUCCUCUUUCGGAACCCGAGGCCCAGGCGGUGACAGACUUCCUGAGCGCCAAUCGAGACAACAUCCUCUGCUUCCUCACCAUCCAUUCGUACGGCCAGCUGAUCCUGCUGCCUUACGGGCACCCCAACAUCACCGCCCCCAAUCAAGACGAGCUGAUGAAAGUGGGUCUGGCUGCAGCAGAGGCCAUUAAAGCUGUUCACGGAAUGGACUACACAGUGGGAACGCCUCCUAAAGUGCUGUACCCCAAUUCGGGCUCGUCUCGUGACUUUGCGCGUCUCAUCGGCAUCCCGUUCUCCUUCACGUUCGAGCUGCGUGAUAAGGGCCAGUACGGCUUCUUGCUGCCGGAGGACCAGAUCCAGCCCACGUGUGAGGAGGCGUAUCAGGGCGCGCUGUCCAUCAUCACGUACAUCCACGAUAAAUCCUACGUCCGUGCGGCGGCUUCGAGCAUCGCAGCUACACUAUGGAGCAUUGUCCUAGCUGUGUGGCUCUCUUGCGCCACCGUCUGACCUCUUACCUGAACUGAAAUCAUUCACACAGGUUAAAUAACCUGGUUUAUUAUAUUAUUAUCUCCCCAGUUACUCCAUAAUGGCUCUCUGUCAUUAUUCAGGUAUUAUACCCAACACUCUGGACUUACAGUGUAAAUGGUGCAGUUUUGUCUGAAAUUAAUUAUCACACAAUUUUUAGAGGUCUGUGUGAAUUUUGACUUUUUUUCCAAUAACAAUAUGGCGAACAUUUGGAAAUUAUUUUCCAUAAUAUUAUAAUAAAAGAAAGCUCCCUUAGAUAUGACCAGUAACUGAUUUUAAGCUAAUUUUAUGUUUGUCUAAAACUAUUCGAAGGUGCACCAUGGGAGUCUGGCAGUCUUUUAUAUCUAGACAGGCCAGUAUUUCACUACGAUACAACAAUUCACUUAAUUAAACCCUGAAUAUAUCCCAGACUUGUAACUGAAGCGAGAACGAGUGCAUCCUCGAACCAUUAAAACAAUUAGAUAUUGAUGAAAACAUGUUUAAUGGGAACCAUUAGACCAAGUCCUAUUAAGGCAAUGCAGUAUUUUUUAAAGCAGGAGUCUUAACUAUUUCUCAAAAUGUCACAAAGCAAGCUUUAUGAGUCCUGAUUGCUAGCUGGGGGAAAAAAAAA